AGAGCAGCGAAACCCAGUAGACGUGCAUAGAGCCAUAAACCCCCAUUACGGGCUCACGAAUAAAAGUGGGAACGCAUCCCGCCUCCCAAUUCCAUCUCCUCUCUCUCUCUCUCUCUCUCUCUCUACAUUUCGCGCUCCAUCUCUCAGUCAGUGGCAGUGUGGCGCCGUAAGCACUGAUCGGUGGCAGCAGCAAGUAUGGGCGGGGGAAGAGGUGGGAACAAGCGAGGUAGGACCCAGAGAAGGCAUUUCAAGCAGCACAGAGAGAAUGUUUGGAAGCGGAGCAAAUCAGAUAAUCCUCCCUCCGAUAACUCUACUUGGGAGCCCUUUGCUACUGAAAACAUCGCCUUCAAUGAAUACUACAAAGAGCAAGAGAUAGUUCCUGAGGAAGAAUGGGAUAUUUUUAUGAAGGUGCUUCGAAAGCCAUUGCCGGCUGCCUUCAGAAUAAAUUCAAGUACCCAGUUUUUUGAGGACAUCAGGUCUCAGUUAGAGAAUGACUUUAUGAAAUCUCUUGCUUCUGAGGUGACUGAUGAAGGAGAAGUGGAGGCAAUUAGACCAUUGCCUUGGUAUCCCGAGAACCUUGCUUGGCAUUUAAAUUUUUCCCGUAUGCAGCUAAGGAAAAACCAGACCCUUGAGAGGUUCCAUGAAUUCUUAAAGCAAGAAAAUGAAAUUGGAAACAUUACACGACAAGAGGCCGUUAGCAUGGUACCUCCGUUGUUCUUAGAUGCGCAUCCAGAUCAUUUCGUUCUUGAUAUGUGUGCAGCUCCUGGUUCAAAAACAUUCCAAUUACUUGAGAUGAUACACCAAUCAACAAAACCUGGAUCACUUCCUGAUGGAAUGGUUAUAGCAAAUGAUGUGGAUGUCCAAAGAUGUAAUCUUCUCAUCCACCAGACAAAAAGAAUGUGUAGUGCCAACUUGAUAGUUACAAAUCAUGAAGCCCAACACUUUCCUGGCUGUCAUCUAGACAAAAAUUGCAUAGAUGCAUCUGAUUUGGGAAACAAUAAGGAUCCAAAGAUUAAUAAACUCCUAUUUGAUCGUGUUUUAUGUGAUGUUCCAUGUAGUGGAGAUGGCACUCUUCGCAAAGCCCCUGAUAUUUGGAGGAAAUGGAAUGCAGGAAUGGGUAAUGGGCUCCAUCGCCUCCAAGUGCUGAUAGCCAUGCGUGGUUUAGCAUUGCUUAAAGUUGGUGGUAGAAUGGUUUACUCAACCUGCUCGAUGAAUCCAGUCGAGAAUGAGGCUGUGGUUGCUGAGGUUUUGCGGAGGUGUGGGGGAUCUGUUGAACUUCUUGAUGUCUCUUCUGAGCUCCCUCAAUUGGUUCACAGGCCAGGUCUUAAGAAAUGGAAGGUCCGAGAUAAGGGCAUUUGGUUAGCUUCUUACAAAGAUGUACCUAAGUACAGAAGAGAUGGCAUUAUGUCAAGCAUGUUUCCUUCAGGUAGAAGCUUCAAGGAGGAAAAGACAGUUUCUGAUGGUCCACAUGAAGGAAUAGCUCCAUCUGACAAUACUCAUGAAACCGGAAAUCCAAAUAGCUCAGCAAAUGGACAUCAGACUGAUAACAACAUAGAAUCCAAACAAGAGAUUGGGCAGUUGGAGAGUUUUCUGAAUCAGAGUGAUGUUUCAGAUGAAGAAAUGUCAAGUUUUCCUCUAGAACGUUGCAUGAGAAUAGUGCCUCAUGAUCAGAAUACAGGAGCCUUUUUUAUUGCUGUUCUUCGCAAGCUUUCAUCUUUGCCUGCCACUUUAGGCAAUCAUACUUAUCAGCAUGGACAGCUUACCUCUGAGAACCUUGACUUACCCAAGCAGUUACCUGAUGAGAUCAUUAAAGAUACAAAUGGGUUGGCAAUUAAUCCAUCAGAAGAUGGUGCAGAUAACCAAUAUUCUGAGACAACUUCAGAUGUUGAUUUACGGGAUAAACCAGAAGGUGAUUCAGGACCUGAUUCUCUUGGGAUUUGUGAAGAAGGCAAUGAACCAGAAGAAACUCAAAAGGAUGGGAGUGGGGAGACUGAUCAUGUAAGAGAAAAACAAGGCAAGGGAAGAUUACAGAUUCAAGGCAAGUGGAGAGGAGUGGAUCCUGUUGUCUUUUUCAAGGAUGAAGCUACCAUCAGUAGCAUAAAGGAAUUCUAUGGUAUUCGAGAAUCCUUUCCUCUCAAUGGCCAUCUUGUCACAAGAAACAGUGAUACACAUCAUGUUAAGCGAAUUUAUUAUGUCUCAGAGUCAGUUCAUGAUGUUCUCAAACUGAAUUUCCAUGUUGGACAGCAACUUAAAAUAACCUCCGUAGGCCUCAAGACAUUUGAGCGCCAAACUUCAAAGGAAGGUACCUCCUCAGCAUGUGCUUUUCGGAUAUCAUCUGAGGGAUUACCAUUACUUCUUCCAUAUAUCACCAAACAGAUCCUAUGUGCUUCCCUAGUUGACUUCAAGCACCUCUUGCAGUACAGAUCAAUCAAAUUUGCAGAUUUUGUUGAUGCAGAGUUUGGCAAGAAGGCAUCAAAUCUGAUGUUGGGUUGUUGCGUAAUAGUGCUGAAUAAAGGAGAUCAAAUAAGUUCAGAUCCCAUUCAAGUGGAUGCAUCAACAUUAGCUAUUGGAUGCUGGAAGGGCAGGACAAGCGUAAGUGUUAUGGUGUCAGCAAUAGAUUGCCAAGAGYUACUCCAAAGGCUUUCUGUACAUUUUGGAGGCAAAGAGGAUUCUUUAAUGCAAGAAAUUAAGCCCUCAAUCGUGCAGGAAAAGGCAGGACAGACCAUGAAUUCCGCCGAAGUAGACCGAGAGUCUGAAACAGUUGCACAAGCAAUUGUUGGUUGAACUAGUAUAUCAUUCUUCUAGUGCACUUUUCCUUGUAUAACACAUCCAAAUUUCUCUUUCUAUUAUUUUUUGCUAGUAGGUAUGGUAUGGUUAAUAUGCCUAGAAGGUUGAGUUAUUUAUUCCAGCACUGCUACAAGGAAGCCAACUGUUGUGCUGACAAAUUUGCUAACGUGGCAGAAGACCAACAGAUUAGGCUUAGAAUGUUUUGAGAAGAUCCCAAGCGAAUUUAAUCAAUUUAUCUCAUGUAUGGUCACGGACAUUAUAGGAUGUCAUCUUCUCAUUAGUGCUUGGUUUAUUUUGUAACUUAAAGGAGCCAUUGAUUGUUGUAAUGGUAAAACCUCUAGCAGAGAGCGUAAGAGUGCAUGUUGAGAGAGAA